GGAGAGCCGUGUCCGGCCACCGCCUCAUGAUCAUCGUGAGAAGGAUGCUGCAACAAGCCCUCAGAGUAUCCGGCCGGAGCGCCUUCCCCCUGGUCAAGUGGAUGGAGAGAUGGGCUGAGGGCGCAUCGGCCAAGCAGGCGGUGAAGACUCUGCAAGACAUGCCCGGACCGUCGGUCGCCAGCUUCGCCUGGGACCUGUUCGCCAAACGGGGGCUGUCACGGCUGCACGAGCUGCAGCUGGAAGGAGCACAGCGGUAUGGGCCCAUGUGGAAGGCGAGCUUCGGCCCCAUCCUUACGGUUCAUGUGGCUGAUCCGGCGCUCAUUGAGCAGGUGCUGAGGCAGGAGGGCCAGCACCCCAUGCGUUCUGACCUUUCCUCCUGGAAGGACUACAGGAAGCUCAGAGGACACCACUAUGGACUCCUGACAGCUGAGGGGGAGGAGUGGCAGUCAGUAAGAAGUCUCCUGGGGAAGCACAUGCUGCGACCAAAAGCAGUGGAAGCUUAUGAUAAAACCCUAAACGGCGUGGUCAGCGACCUCGUUGCCAAACUUCGCCUUCGCAGGCGCUCCCAGGGCCUCGUCACCGACAUCGCCAGCGAAUUCUAUCGCUUCGGCCUCGAGGGCAUUUCCUCCGUGCUGUUUGAAUCCAGGAUCGGUUGCCUUGAUGAGGUGGUCCCUGAAGAGACAGAGCGUUUCAUCCAGUCGAUCAACACCAUGUUUGUGAUGACGCUUCUUACCAUGGCCAUGCCCAAGUGGUUGCACCAGCUAUUCCCUAAACCCUGGAACGUCUUCUGUCAGUGCUGGGACUACAUGUUCGACUUUGCAAAAGGCCACAUUGACCAGCGUCUGACGGCUGAAGCAGAGAAGGUCGCCCGUGGAGAGAACGUGGAGGGCCAUUAUCUCACCUACUUCCUGUCGCAGACCGGGCUGCCCAUGAAGACUGUCUACAGCAACGUGACAGAGCUGCUCCUUGCAGGAGUCGACACGAUCUCCAGCACCAUGUCCUGGUCAUUGUAUGAGCUGUCACGUCACCCUGAGGUGCAGGCAUCACUGCGGGAUGAGGUGUUGCGCGUGCUGGAGGGUCGGAGCAUUCCUGAGGCAGCCGAUGUGGCCCGCAUGCCUCUGCUGAAGGCCACAAUCAAAGAAGUGCUCAGGUUGUAUCCAGUUAUUCCUGCUAAUGCCAGAGUCAUUACAGAGAGAGACAUCCAGGUUGGAGGCUACCUCAUCCCUAAAAAUACCCUGAUUACUCUGUGCCACUUUGCAACAUCGCGGGAUCCAGCCGUCUUUCCAAAUCCAGAUGAAUUCAUGCCCCAUCGAUGGUUGAACAAGGACCAGACUCACCACCCGUACGCCUCCGUACCCUUUGGGGUGGGAAAACGCAGCUGCAUAGGUCGUCGUAUUGCCGAGCUGGAGCUCUACCUCGCUCUUACCAGGAUCCUCAUAGAGUUUGAUGUGAAGCCGGACCCAGAGGGGAUUUCAGUUAAGCCCAUGACUCGGACUCUUCUGGUUCCUGAAAGUGUCAUUAGCCUCCAGUUUAUUGAACGAUGACCCAGUCUCCUGAGCUGAUUUGUUACAUGAACGAGAAUGUGAGUCUCUUCGUAGUAGAGAGUGCUGGCAGGCGGAGUUAUCACGGGAACCGCGAGCCUGUUGCACACAGUCAGAGCAGACCUUCAACCUUCAACACGACAAAGGCCAAAGCCCUCCGUACCUGUAACCCAGCGGUGUGGAGGCUGACGUGUGGAGAAGGACAAACGAAUGCAGGAUGAGCAGUGACAGCUCAUCACCGAAGCUUUGCAGUGGGAGCGGUUUAACUCCAAAUGUAAGACUGUGGGUGUUUUAGACUAAAAUCACCAUCAAGCACUUAUUUGCACAGAGGCCAAGAGCAGGCCAGUGAUCUCCUUCAGUAUGUUUCAAAAGAAAAUCUUCAGACUUUUGUCAGACAAGGCUGCAAUUCAAGGAAUUUGCAACAUGUCUGUAUUUGACGCUGAUUUUUGAUUUUCUAGUAACCCCUUCCUAAAUCUUAUGACAACCUGUGGUGUUCUGCAGUUUUAACUUCAUGCAGCAUUUCCCGUGUGUCCUGGUAGUGCACAUAUUUCAUUUCAAGAGCAUUUCUGUAUGUGAGUCUGAGAUGUGUGCUGUAAAUUAUUCAGAGGUAUCAGGAGAAUCUUGGACUGGCACAUGGACACGCUGUUUCCUCAGCUCUUACUGAGCUACUGUGAGACUUUUAUGUAGCUAUGGUAUUGAUCAAAGUGUAUUUUAUAAGGUGCUUAUGGUGUACGGUUAGUGACGGGUUUCUUUCUGAAAAAGAAAAAAAAAAGGCAGCUGUUGAAAUGAUUCCUGUGUAGCAACGCAUGGUGCCACUGUUCAAAACGUAGGCUACUCUGCACUCAGGCUUUGUCUGUAUUGUAUGAAAUGUAAAUGUAUGCCACAGUUCAACAGUGCGCUACAAUGCAACUUUAUCUGUCCUUAAUUUUUUUUAUAAAAUCUACUCUGAGUGAUAUACUACCAUUUUGUAAGUGUAAUAAGCUUCAGUAUCUGAACACUGUAUUUAUUCUAAUUUAACACAUUUUAAAACUGUUACUAUAAAUGCCAUUAAAAGGUUUCAAGUUGGA